AGGAGGAGGAGGAUGAACUCCCACUUCCUCACUGGAACCCUUGAAAAUUUCUCAGCCGCGUGACAUUUUUUUUUUUCUUUUUCAGAUAAAACUCCACCAUGCUGUCCGUGAAGACGCUCGUGGCCGUGGGGAUCUUGGUCGCGGGGUGCUUCUCGCUCGGGGAAGGCAUCAUCGGGGGCAGGGAGGCGGCGGCCCACUCUCGGCCCUACGUGGCGUCCAUCCAGGUGCCCGAGGGAGACGGGAUGAAGCACGAGUGCGGGGGCUUCGUGGUCGCCGACCAGUGGGUGAUGACGGCCGUGCACUGCCUGCCCACGGGGCCCAACGGCAGGAAGGUCGUCCUGGGCGUUCACUCCCUGAGCCGAGCCGAGGACACCAAGCAGACCUUUGAGAUCCUGGAGCUCCACAAUCACCCUCAGUUCACCGCCCACAAUUACGACAACGACAUCGCCCUGAUUAAACUGGACCGGCCGUUCAACGCCUCCGAGGCCGUCGGGGCGGUGGCGUUCCUGCGAGCCGGCGGCGUCAACCCCGGCACCGACGCCGAGGUGGAGACGGCCGGCUGGGGCUCCCUGGACAACCUGGGCUCCAGACCCGACACCCUGAAGGAGGCGUCCAUCCGGGUGGUGAGCUCCGACCGGUGCCGACGCAGCGACUACUUCGGCAGGAAGUUCACCGACAACAUGAUCUGCGCUCACAAGUUGUGCCCGGACCCUUGCGACCGUCCGCACAAGAUGGAGGACUCCUGCGACGGGGACUCAGGCGGUCCGCUCCUCUACAACGGCGUCGCGGUGGGCAUCACGUCCAACGGCGGGAAAAAGUGCGGCCAGGUCAAGAAGCCGGGCAUCUACACCAUCGUCUCGCACUACACCGAGUGGAUUGACGGCGUCAUGGGCCGUGGCGCCGACGCUUGAGAAUCCACGUCGACCGCAAAUGUGGCACAAACGCGUAUUUAGCGUGACUUCCGAGGAAAGCGCGGCAAUUAAUACACACGUUAAUUACGGAGAUUAUAGUCAAUCACGCAGUUUACUAACUCAAGGAUGAAGAAGACGAGCAUCAAAAGUGUGUCCUCAUCCUCCUUGGCUGCACGCUUGCUGCUUUGUUUGUUCAUUCAUUCCGGGAAAAAUCCAACGCGACAGCGUCAAUGACAUGAAAAUCCCGACAAAUCAAAGAUUUGUUGCGUUUCCCCAAUUCAGUUGCCGAGGGUCGGUUCUCUCCUCCGCAGGAGACAUUUGUAUCGUCAGCAAAAAUAAAAUAUUUCAACCUAC